AUGUUUGAUUUUGCUUCUAAUAUACCGCAGGACUUUUCAAAUUUCAUCGAAAAGAGCGACCUUUUAUGGGAUGCGUCAGAUGAAGAGAAGGAUAGCAUUAUAUGCCAAAUUUGCUCCGAUAUCCAACAAGGAAAUCUUAAAUUAAGCAGCAUCAUUGAACUUAUUGACAAAAUAUGUCUAUAUAGGCCUAAAAAGAUACGUAUUUACACCGAUAUUUGUCAAGCUCUCCUCCAAAAUUUAACCGGUAACAAUAAAAUUCAGAAAUUAUACUUUAACUCCUCACGUCUCAGAUCAGCAUUAGUUUACAAAAAGCUUAUUCCAAACAAAUACGGCAUAAAAUUUGAGAAUAAUGCCAUAGAAAACAUUUUUGAAUUUUAUGAAAAAGGUUCAGUGCAACACGCAUUACUCUGGGAUGAUUUGGAUGAACUUCAGACCAUUUACUCGAAUCCUAUGUUCGAUACGAAUACAAAUGUUGAUGGUUCGUCUCUAAUCGCAAAAUCCGCAAAAUUUGGAUCAGUGAACUGUUUCAAAUUCUUAUUCAUGAACAGUGGGAGUAUUGAUAAAAAGGCAUUACAUCAUGCAUUUAUUGGCAACAAUUAUGAAAUCAUUCAUAUUUGCGAACGCCAAUUAAAGGUUGAUUCAAAAUGUCUUGAAAACUCCAUCCUUUCCCAUCAUACAGAAACCUCCUACUAUCUCAAGCAGAAGUACAAUGUUGAUUACUCUUGGAAGACUUCUCUUUCUACAUACAACUACAGAUUUUUCUUCGAAAAACUUUUCCAACAAAAAUCUGUUGACGAAAGAGAUUUCAAUGGAGAAACGGCUUUGAUAGCUUCCUCCAGUCUGAAGAGGUUCAAUGUUUGCGAGUACCUUUUGAAGAAUAAGUCAAACAUAAAUACAAUGGAUAGAAGUGGUUUUUCAGCGUUAUUAAAUGCGGCAAUUGAAGAUAACGUCGAAAGUCUUCAAUUCCCGCUAAAGAACAACGCAAAUAUAGAGAUGAGAGAUGAAAACCAAAGAACUCCAUUGAUGAUUGCUUCCCAAUUGAGUAAUCUUAAGGUUAUGGAAUUAUUAAUCAAGAACAACGCUGAUAUCGAAGCAAUUGAUAAACAAAGAUACUCUGCUUUGAUGUAUGCUGUUAGAUGGGAUCAGACUCCUGCUGUAAAACUAUUAUUAGAUAAUGGAGCGAAUAUUAACGCGAAAAGUACAUUGGGAGAGACACCAUUGUAUAUAUCUGUUGCUGCAAAGAACUAUGAGAUGACUCUCUUCUUGCUUCAAUAUAAUCCUGAUAUUGAAAUCCAAAACUACCUUGGAUUCACUCCAUUGAUGAAAUGCGCGUUUGAUGAUUCAUUGGAGAUUGCUAGAUUACUUGUUCUCCACAAUGCAGAUGUUUCUGCAAGAGAUUCUGCAGGAUAUACUCCUUUGAUCAUCGCUUCUUAUAAUAACAGCAUCAACGUUGCACAGCUAUUAAUAGAAAACGAUGUUGAUGUAAAUCAAAGCUCUGAUUCUGGUUUAACUCCUUUGAUGAUCGCAUCUCAAAGAAGUAGCAUGAAUGUUGCCAAGAUGUUGAUAAAAUUAGGUGCAGAUAUCAAUAAAGUAUCGAAAGAAGGAAAUACAGCUCUUAUGGAAGCGAUUUCUUGCGGAAAUUACGCAAUGGCAAAAUAUUUGCUCAGAAAAGGUGCAAAUGCCUCUAUUAUUAAUAAAUCUUCUCUGUUGGCACUUGAUUUUGCUGUCAAUACCGGUAGAAGAUUAUUAAUCGAACUUGUUGCGGAAUAUAUUAACCAAUAG